AAGGUGUGCGCAUGAUCCAAUACAGCGGACGAAUACUGGUUGCUUGACAACGCAUUCGCCAAUGACGGUGGUGUUUGUUUUGAAGCCAGAAAGACGUCCACUUAAAAAAAAAAUCUAAUUUUGUAAAUGUGGGGUCAACUGUACCACAGUGCGUCAAUGUGAGCAGAAUUAUCCAAGUGGCUUGGCAUUCACUGUCAAGAACUAGACCGAGAAAAUCAUUGUACACUAGCAUUCUCGGCUUCGCAUAGAGUUGGCUUUGCAGGCACUAAGGCAGUCUAAUCAAGUCAAGAUUCUGUUCCAGUGAGUGCAGCCUCCGGUCGGUCAGGUCUGUCAUCUCGCGGAUGACCUCCCAAGUGUCUUGACGCUUUGACAUGGGAGACUGGUGGACGACAGCAACCAUAGAGCCAUCAAUAGAAAACCAUGAGAUCAACAGCAUAUCAAGAAUGACGAUGUCCCCCUCGAGACAUAACCUUCCUACGAUGCACUCCUCCACCAAGACACUGUCCAAGAGCUCCUACAAUGUGUUAAGUGCCUUCUGCACUGAGGAGAAUGUUCCCCAGUGUACCUCAUACAUCAAUCAGGAGAUGGACUCUCUGGGUUUUUCCUCUGCCUGUAUUGAGGCCAGCUCACCAGAGGGAAGCUGGGGGCUGAACACGGUGCCAGCCCUGAACAUGAUGUAUGAGCUGCUCCAGAUACACCGCCGCAGCCAGCGCAGCCUGCAGGAGCAGGAGACCGAGCAGCUGAAGAGCUCCAGUGCCCUGGAACACCUGCAGAUCACCAACUCCAGACUCAAGGAUCAGCUGGAGCUCUACAAAAGAGAGAAGUCAGGACUGCUUGAGACAGAGAGACAGCUGCAACUCAAAAACAAGACUCUGCAGAACUGCCUGAAAACAGAAAAAGAUGAGGUGCAGAAGCUCCAGAGCAUCAUCGCCAGCAGAGCCUCUCAGUACAGCCAUGAUGCCAAGAGGAAGGAGAGGGAGAGCAUCAAGCUCAAAGAACGCCUCAACCAGCUACUGGUGGACAAGAGGGAUAAGAAACUAGCGAUUGAUGUAUUGAACUACUUGGGACGGGCUGAUGGGAAGAGAAGCCAAUGGAAGACUGGAAAGGUGGAGGCCAGACAUGAGGGGGAGAUGUACAAGUCCCUGCUGAGUGACUAUGAGGGUCGUCAGAGGGCUCUGAUGCUGGAGAACGUUGAGCUAAAGAAGGUGCUGCAGCAGAUGAAGCGGGAGAUGGUGUCCAUUCUUAGUCCUAGGAAAUCCUGCUCCAGCUCCAGAGGAGACCAUGCGGAAGACGGCCUGGAACGGGCCAGCUCGGACAGAGAGGAGGUUGGUGACUGUAGUAAGGAGACCCUGGAUCAGUCAUGUGAUCAUGCUAGGGACCAGUCCUGUGAGCAUGCCCGGGAGCAGCUGACCAAUAGCAUCCGACAGCAGUGGAGGAGACUAAAGAGCCACAUGGAGAGACUGGACAGCCAGGCCUCCCUGGUGCAGCAGAGCCAGCAGUCUGCUGGUAAAGAGCUGGUCCCCAGACAGAUCCACGAGGAGGAGAUGGAGAGGAUGAGACUGGAGGUCCAGCAGUGUAAAGACUUCAUCCAGACCCAGCAGCAACUCCUACAGCAGCAGCUCAACUCUCCCUGCUAUGAUGAUGAGACUGCUGCUCUGCUGAAUGACUGCUACACUCUGGAGGAGAAGGAGCGUCUCAAAGAGGGGUGGAGGCUCUUUGACGAGCAGAGGAGGAACUUUGAGAGGGAGAGACAUAACUUUACUGACGCUGCCAUUCGCCUCGGUCAUGAGAAAAAGGCUUUUGAGGAAGACCGCGCCUUGUGGCUCAAGAAUCAAUUCUUGAACAUGACUUCGUUCGUGGACCGCAAAAGACAUUCCACGUCAGAAACUCCUCGUGCCUUGUCAGUCAGUAGUGAACCAGAGAUGAGGAUCCCCUCCAGCCCUGCCAUUCUGACCAAAUCUCGGACGCACACUGCGUUCUCAACUCCUAAAGCUGCCUCUGAUGCUGGCAUGCCCUCCACAGCUGAUCUCUACCGUACAUUAUGCCUCAUACCAGACAGGAGCUCCUCUUCUGUAGGCAGUUCAAAACAAGGGAGCUGGCAGGAGUCCAACACCAUCCACAGUAGAGAAGACACUCCGGUCAGGUCAAAGCACAGACACGGAGGUGGAGACUGCUGUAGUAUCUUCUCUUUAGGGUCAGAGGAAAACAGCCUCAACUGAAGACACACUAGUACCAUUGUGUUACUGUGGACUCAACAGACAACUCGGAUGACAAUCCAUGGCAGUGUUCAUUAGGCACCAAACAGAAGAAAAUGGACUGAAACAGGGAAAGAAUACCUGGAUUUGUCCAAUAAGAUGCACUCUUUUUUUUCUUUUUUUUUUUCUGUUGCAAAACAUUUUCUGUUGCGUGCCCUAAUGAACAUGAACCAUGUUUCCACGCCACAACUGCCUCAGGAUGCCACGGAGACCUAUUUUUGUGCAACUCAUGUUGCUUGAUCAGACUAAUAGUGAACAGUAGCACAUUGUCGUUCACCAAACUUGAUUCAUUCAGAGAGCACUUUAUUGGACAUGCCAAUGUUUUUUUUCUUUCUCUUCUAUAUACAUUUUUAUUAAGCAAAGCAUAUCCAAGUCUCUAAGCUUUCGCCAAGUGGCAGCCAAACCUUAAUUUGGGUAAAUUGGCAUUCUCUAUCACUACAAAUGUUUUCCAAUUUGGGAAAAGCUAUCAAUAGGCUACUGACUAGCCAUGAGAAUGUUUACACAUUGUUUUCACUCCAGAUAUAUCAUGAAUAGUUUAAUGAGAACUUUAUUCUAAAUGUUUAAAAUGAAGUGCUAUCAUGUAUGCUGCUCUGAAAUUGCAAUAAACGUAUUUUUUUUUUUAAAUCUAUCAAUUCAACUUUUUGUGCUUGGCGCCCCAUAGCGGUUUGUACCAGGAAGUGUGGUCGCUUACUCUGCAACGCUGCGACUGCGCAAGUCACAAUCGGAUGUGUGAUCAUCCGUGCUUUGUCUACACGUCCGUCGAGCUAACAGCCCACAGCUUCAUUUCUAGAAAAUAGUAAAGAUGUCUGGCUCAUCAAACCUCGUUGCGAUGAAGAAAAUUGUCCAGCAGCUGCGUUUUGAAGCGAGCAUAAACAGAGUGAAGGUGUCCCAAGCAGCUGCAGACCUUCAGCAGUUCUGCAUGCAAAAUGCCCUCCAGGAUCCCUUGCUCACUGGGGUCUCCUCCAGUACAAACCCCUUCAGACCACAGAAGGUGUGCUCCUUCUUGUGAGGGCGACUCAUAAGACAGACCACAGCAUUCUUUGGCCUUCGUUUUGAUGCUACAGGGAAAAAGUUGACCUCAACACUGCUCCUCAUUGCCAACGGCAAUCCACUGCCACAAAAUCUUAUGAAGUGUAGAACAUGUCAGGAAGACUUGCCAUCUAUUUUCAGCCAACCACCUUAGAGGAUACGAUGAGACGGGUUUAUUUUUCAUGGCACAGUGUGGUUUUCAAGUAAAUGAUUGUGCCUUUUCUAUUCUAUUUUAUUCAUUGUUCUUGACUUUUUGUAUUUAGAAAUUAACAUUCUUCUUUCUCUA